AUGACAGAUAAGGCCGCCAAUUGGGCCCUCCCCAUCAUUGGAACCAUCAUAAAGGGCAAGGGAAGCCCCCCAACUACCAUUCCAGCUUUAACAGCCAAAUUCAAGGAGGCCUUUGCCAACCCUGAUGCCAAGAGGGCGGCCACAAGGAAGAGUGCUGCGCUGACUCAGACAACCACUACGUCUGAGUAUGUUACCAAAUUCUGCAAUCUCAUAGCGGAACUUGAUUGGAACAAGGAGGCAUACAUUGCCCAGUACAUGCAUGGCCUUCACUGGAAGGUCAAGGAACUCCUGUCCACAAAGGACAAUAUCCCUGACAACUUGGAGGCUAUUUUUGCUGCCUCCAUCAAAAUUGACAAUACCCAUUGGGAAAACAAGGAGAACUGUCCAAAGAAGCAGCCAACCAAGUCCCUGGUCACUGCAACCACUUCCACCACUACCACCCAUAGGGUCUGCCUAUCAGAAGACCCCAAUUAUGUUACCCCAGAAGAAAGGCAUUGCCGCCAGGCUGCCAAUCUUUGUGUCAAAUGUGGUCAGAAGGGUCAUGGAAUCAAGCAAUGUCCCAAUGGUUGGAAAGCCACCAUCAAGGAAGCUGCCAAGAUUGGCCAGGACAAGUUGGAAAAAGAGUAA